AUGGAACCAUUCUCAUCUUCUUGUGGUGAUUUGUACAUAUUGCUUGUUAUGGAUUAUAUAUCCAAGUGGGUGGAGGCAAUUGCAACAUCAAAGAAUGAUCCCAAAAUCGUGCUUAAGUUUUUACACAAGAAUAUAUUUACGUGGUUUAGAGUGCCUGGAGACAUCAUUAACGAUGAUGGAAUCCACUUUGAUAACAAGUUGAUUAACAAGGCAUUGAGGAGAUAUGGAUUUCGUCACAAGAUUGCCAUGACAUACAUUCCACAUACGAAUAGCCAAGCUGAAAUAUCUAACCGCGAGAUAAAGCUAAUCUUAGAAAAAAUGGUGAAUCCGAGGCGAAAGGAUUGGUCACCAAAGUUAGAUGAGGCACUCUGGGCAUAUAGAUCAACUUUUAAGACUCCUCUAGGCAAUCACCCUUCAAGCAUCACAAGAGCACAACUGCCUAUUCUGUUGGGAUUGGUUAACCUCAAAUCCAAGGCAGCCAAUACUGAGGAGUCCGAGGAAGAUAAACCUUGUGAUGUCGAGGCAAGACUAAUUGCCCUCGACGAAUCUAUCCAACAAAUAAUGACUCACUUGAAUGCUCUCAUGGGUGAUAUAAAGAAUUUCUUUGGCUACGCCAAGCAUAGGGAUAUUGUUGUGGAGUCAAUCUUUCAAGAUAUGAUCAUUUAUAUGGAACAGAAUUUCUUGGGUUUCCCGGAUGAAAUUCUACCGACAUUUGACAAUAUCGAGGAAACUUCUGAGCCUGAUGACGCCAAUCCUGCUGAUAAUGAGCAUGUGCCAUACCUCACAGCCCAUCCCCCAUCUCAUAUUGUUCCUGAUGAGCCGUCCCAUGCAACCCAAUCCAGAUGA